GGAAUUUGAAGAGAACGUGGAGAGAGGAACUUAUGCUGGUGGAUUUGAUAGUUCACCUCAAGUAAUAUGUGUAAAGGAUUAGCUGCCCUGCCCCAGUCAUGUCUGGUGAGGGCCAAGGAGAUCAAGUGUAAAUUAGGAGUCCUGCUCCAGAAGCCAGAAAAUGCCAUUGACCUGAUCAUCCCCUACCCAGAGAAGCCGGAGAAGAAGCCAGAUAAGCUUCAGAAACCUACUCCUGAGGAAGCAGCUCAGUGGCGUGAGUCUCUGGAUCGUGUCCUGGCCAAUGACUACGGUGUGGCCACGUUUGGAAACUUCCUGAGGUCCGAGUUCAGUGAGGAGAACAUUGAGUUCUGGGCUGCCUGUGAGGACUUCAAGAAGACCAAGAACCCCAUGAAGAUGUCCACCAAGGCCAAGAAGAUCUACGAGGACUUCAUCCAGACUGGCGGACCCAAGGAGGUGAACAUUGAUCACGUGACCAAAGACGUGACCCUGCGUAACCUGGUUGACCUGUCGUCCGCGACCUUUGACCUGGCCCAGAGUCGCAUCUUCACCCUGAUGGAGAAGGACUCCUUCGGCCGCUUCCUGAGAUCCGAGAUGUACCAGGAGCUGAUUAAGUAAACCAACUCCGCCCAAGGGGUGCAGGGAGACCCAGUCACAGCCACAGCCAUGUAGCCCUAACAGCAGACCCCCUACCAUAGUGUUAAUGUGUAAUGUUACCAUAAAGCCCCUUGAAGAAAUUCAAAUAUGCUUAAUAUCUGACAACAUUGAGAUGGAAUGACAUGGCCUGCUACACUGUUUUGAUUAAUACUAGGCACACAUUCCAAUUGGAAAUUGUCUGUGGCGGAAUAUAUUGCAAUUAGCAAUAUUGCAAAUUGCCCUUAUAAAAUAUGCUGAAGCACAAAAAUAUGUUUUGGCUCCCUGCAGCCCAAGUAAAUUCAAUGCUUUGAACAUUAUAGAAAUUGGCAUGACCAUGUUUCAACAGCUUAGCAUAAAGGUUAUGUUUGCCCAAUUAAACAGAAUUAUGUACAA